AAACAACUAGCCACAAUAGUGUUCGCUUGCAUAACAUUUGUCCUUGCGAGAACCGCUCUCGCUCUCGCUCUCGUUCGCGUCAACCAAUGACCGUCGCCCUACAAAGUUCACAACUCCGGCGGACCCAAAGACCCAUAUCCAUUCUCAUAUAGUCUCGGCAGCAGUGGAUAGCUUGCUCAAAGCGAUCGGCUUGUCCGUGCAGUCGGUGGUGUCCCCGAAGCUGGAAAGAAAUUCGAAUGUGAUUCUACUGCAACAUGGGCCUGCCAGAUGUUACUUAGGUACGUAUCGCGGAACGUUCAGAAUCACUGAUAUACAUGCACGCAUCUGCUCGUUCUCAGAAAAGUCCUAACUCGCAAUUAUCUUCGUUCAAGUCUGCACAGCUAUGUUAUCGCAAAGUCUGGCUUUUUUACUCUUUGGAGGAGCACUCGUAACGUGUUCAUCAACAGACAAGUUUGACACCCAACCAAACUUCGAUGUUGCACUCGUUGACGUUGUCCCGACUGUUCCUACGUUCGAAAACCUUGCGAUCCGAAAAACCGGCGAAGUCCUUGUCACUUCUGUUGCCUCUUCCUUGUUGUACCAAAUCUCGCCCAACGCUAGCUACUUGCCUGUACCUGUUGCUGGAAUACCCAAUUUCACAGGUAUACUAGGUAUCGCCGAGCUACAGACGGAUUUGUUUUACGUUGUUUCCUCCAACCUGACUGGAACCGCCUGUUCGAACGCGGUCUGGGAGAUCGACCUGCGCAACUCUACCGUUACACCUUCUGGAGAUACCUCUCAUCAGACAAAAGCAUCUCUGAUCAAGGAGUUUUGUACGGCACGACAACUAAACGGCCUGACUACUUUGUCCACGAACGAUACCUCCAACCUCUUGAUCUCCGACUCGGCGAACGGUACGGUGUACAAGCUGAACGUCAAAACCGGAGACUACAACAUCGUCUUGGAAGAGCCAGAGUUUGAUCCCCUUGAUACGGGUAUAAGUGUUGGCAUCAACGGCAUUCACGUUUACGAUGAAGCACUAUACUUCACAAGCCUAGACCAAGGGCUGUUUGCUAGGAUCCCGAUAUCUCUUGAAACUGGCUGUGCUACUGGCGCGGUCGAGGUCCUCGCGACAAACAUCACAUACGGCGACGAUUUCACGAUCUCUCCUCAGGGUUCGCACGCUUGGAUAGCUACAAACGGUCCUAACGAGAUCGUCGAGGUCGACAUUGCGAACAAAACCCAGCGUAUAGCGGCUAGUUCUCCUUUCCUAGGAUCUGCAUCGUCGGUAGCAUUUGGCUAUUGGCAGUCAGAGAGGAUUCUAUAUGUAACUGGUGGAUUGGCUGUUGGAGUAUCUUCUAACAACACUCGAGGUCAUCUCGCCGCCGUUAGAUUAGACUGAGAUUAAGUUUGAAACUACCGUUAUUAGAAGCAGAAGUCGAGGUUCGGUUCCCUUAGUUUGGGGCCGUCAGGUGGGCAUUAGCUACGGAAGAGUAUUACAGACUUUAUAUAGACUGUAUGGGGUAUAUUUUGAGAACGGGAAUAGCUGUUGCUGCAGGACCCUGCCACGCUAUCGUGUCCGGAGACCAAAUGGGCACGACUGCUCACAAGCACCACGAAGGGAGGUUUGUGAGCC